AUGAGAGAUGAUGUAGAAUCCCAUGCUAUGAUGUUAUGUUUAGCCAAUAAUAGGGGAUGGGCAACAGUAUUGCAAAUAGUUAGUUGCAAUAAUAAAAUAAUGAAAAAGUAUAAAGAUCAUAUUCCAGCUAUUUUGGCAUUGCCAUUUUACAAAGCAGAGAAUUGGAAUAGUAAAAGGAAAGACAGUUUUUAUAAAGAUGAUAAAAAAGGUUCGAGUAGCAAAUAUUAUUAUGCUUCAACAUCAUCUUCUGAAUCUGAGCAAGGAGAAGCAUAUUGGCAAAACAAGAAAAGAAAGAAAUCUUAUCUCUUUCAUGCAGGGAAAGAUAAAAAGCUAUCAGGUUAUUUAAAAGCAUUUACCUGUUAUAACUGUGGAGGAAUUGGCCACAUCUCUACAAAUUGUCUUUCCCCAAAUGCAAAAUCAUUUACAAAACCUAAGCAAGAAGAUUAA